AUGGACAAUAGGAAUAUCACGAAUCUCAAUACUGCUACGGCGUCCCCGGGAAGCGACGCGCUCCGCGUUCGUCUGGUUUCCGGAGUGCCAAAUAUGCAAGCCAGUUCUCUAAAUUCGCGACACACUUUGGACAUCGGUUGCUGGAAUGUGCGGACGUUGCUUGAUCCUUGCCGUCAAGCCCUUCUAGCACGCGAAUUAUGGGACUAUAAAGUAGACGUUGCCUGUCUGUCAGAAGUUCGUCUCCCAGACUCUGGAACGAGAAAAAUCAACGUCCCACAAGAGGAUUCUGCGUAUGUGCUCCUCCACAGCGGAUCACAAACGAACACAGGACUGCGUGGGGUGGCAAUAUCCAUGACAAAAGAGGUGCAUAACACUCUUUUAGCGUUUGAGCCUAUCUCAGAGUGGAUUGUCACAGCCCGCUUCAAAGGCACCAUUGCAAAUAUGUAUUUGGUUACCGUUUAUGCCCCAACAUUGUAA